GUUCUUUGACGAGGAAAUAACCUGAAUAGCUUGAACAGAGUCAUAUUCUCCUUUAAAGGUAUGGGCGGGGAGCAGAGAGCAGAGUUGGGUUUCAGAGCCACCCCCCUUUUUCUAUUCUCACAAACACUGUGGUGCAGUCCAGUCGCAGCCCAGGGAAACACUUUGGGCUGUGUGUGUGCACGCUUUGGUUAUAGCCUCAAGCUUUCCUGGAUGACUAUGAACCUAACUGCCAUCAAUGAAGGACCACAACACGACACACCACUGGGAAACUUGCACAGCUUGUCCACACUUUUUUCAAAGGUCAUUGACCUCUUAGAAAGGAUUGAUCCAGCUCCUUCCUAUUUGCCAAUGACACUGAACUUUCAUGUAUAGGAUGAGCACUUUCAUCAAGUGAGGAGAUGGCCAAAGUGUACAGACUCUAUGUAGGAAUUGCAACAGCUCUGGCCUUAUGCAAAUACUCCCUGGCAGAUUGGAAUGCCACUGACGAGUCUGCCAAUCAAACUGUGUCCCGCUGUCAUCGCCAUGGCAACAGAGACAAUUGCACAGCAGACACAAUAGAUACAGGGCAGUGGAAUGGCCACUUCUCAAAAUGCCCUGAGGAACUAACAAACUACUGCGUACACGGGGACUGUCGUUACGUUACAGAACAGAAGACACCGUCUUGUAGGUGUCAGCGUGGUUACAUUGGUUCCAGGUGUGAAUAUGUGGACCUGGACUGGCAGAUAGGAGAGAAACGACAAAUCAUAAUAGCCUGCGUCAUCGCAGGGCUCGUUUUCCUCAUUCUUCUCAUUGUAUUCAUCUGCAUUUGUUCACAUCGUAGGUGCAGAUUGUGUUGGCGGAGGGGAAGACGGAGGGAGGAACCAAGGAACGGGACAGAGAAGCUCAGCAUGAUGGACACCAGUGCAACACACACACCUUUAACGGCAGACUCAACAGAGCCACCACACACCAACGCUGUAUGAGAAGUGUGUGUUGACGGCAGUGUGCUAUUGGAGGUCCCUCUGCGCUGGACAGGUCUGAGGCCAGCUCAAAGGAAGGACAUUUCUGGAUAAAGGUUGUGUUAAAUCAAACAGGAGAACAGGAGUUUGCACCCUCUUAUUAAAGGGCAGCUUUAUCUGAAACUUUGACAAGGCUUCAGAACAAAGAAGAUGCCUUCCUGGAUUUACGAUAAACCCAAGUUUGGAGAUGAGUGUUCAGCUGGUUCUGUGUUGGCAAGGACACUUUUUUCCAAAUGGCGUGGAGCCACAUCCGCUUGUAGCUUUUCACUUAGCACUGCUGACUGCACAGCACUAAAUAAAUUGUUGCUAUGUUGAAAAAAGCUGUGACACCAGCUGGCAGCCGGCGAUAACAGUUGAUCAGGUUGUCCUGUGUGGGAGAUACUUAGACACUGAAAAAUGAGAGGAAAGGGACUGUGUGAAGAUAUUACACUCCAUGUUCUCUCUGGGGAACUCUUGUCACUUAAAAUAAAUCAUUAAAUGUAUAGAAAUAUGCAAUAUUAUAUAUAAGUACCAGCAGAAUACUGUUUCAGUAUACUGUAUCAUUGUGUCAUAUCGUUUCUACUUUGUUUACUGCUGCUUUUUUCACAAAAUCAGCUGUUAUUAUCAUGUAUGACUCUAUCCACGGCAAUGUCUCCAUGUAAACUCACACAGAAUAUUGUUACUCAUCAACAUUAGCAAUGCAAGAAGAGCCUUCUAUAUACUAAAGGUUGCAGUUCUGGACUCCCGGGUUGGAGGAAGACAAGGAGAACUUGUGCUGGAUGCUUUUUUGAUCUGUAUAUUUGGAGCCGAGCAGCCUCCGAGCUACAGAGGCAGAACAGCCGAGCCUGUGUGUGGAGCCUCCACUGAGGUGAAAGUGCUCCACUGUAUGAGUUUCUAAACUGCCAGCCUUUCACCGGGUUUUUAAUGCGUAUCUGUCUACAUCUAAAUGUAGAAUGAAGAGUCAGAGUCAGUGAAGUCUGUUUAUAUGUCACCUAUCAAUAAAUAUGUCUAGUGUA